CAAGACAUGUCACAGGACGAAAACAGCUGUGUUUGAGGACAUUCAUUUUUACAAAAGCAUUUUUAUCGCUUGCGGAAAUUAUUGUUUUUGUUUUUACAAUACCACGUAUUACCGUAUACUUGAAACUUGUUGUUGGUGCGUUCCUAUAGGCGUAUAACCUUGGGGGUUUGAAGUGUUUUUGUUGUUUUUGUGAAGACGUAGUUUUAUGAUGUCGGGUGAAAAGGUUCCGGUUAGCAGCGGGGGUAGCUCGCAAGCCCUGCAAGCGGUUGAUGACGAGAAUGUGAAGACUUGUUGGGUAUGCUUCGCGACGGAAGCCGAUGAUCGACUCGCGGCUUGGGUGCAACCGUGCCGCUGCAUUGGAACUACGAAAUGGGUCCACCAAAGCUGCCUACAGAGGUGGGUUGACGAGAAGCAGCGUGGCAACAUAACACGGAAGGUGCUCUGCCCCCAGUGCAAAGCGGAGUAUAUAGUAGUCUUCCCUUCCAUGGGGGCGUUUGUGGCCCUCCUUGACGCCAUGGAGGAGAUCACCCACAAGAUCUGCCCCUUCAUCGCUGGCGGAGUCCUGCUCGGGUCCAUCUAUUGGAUCGCUAUCACCUAUGGAGCUGUCACUGUUAUGCAGGUAGUAGGCCACAGGGAAGGCCUGGAGAUGAUGGAGUCAGCUGAUCCCCUGGUUCUCUUGGUAUUGUUGCCUACCAUCCCUGUUACGCUGAUCAGCGCGAAGAUGUACAACUGGGAGGACUCCGUACUGUUGUUCCUGAGGAAAUACUGCGCCAAGAUACCGGCCUUGGCGUAUAUACUGCCAUUUGGGAGUGUGGAAGGCGACCGCGGCGCGGUGCUCCCAGGCCAGCAGCCCAACAACUCCACCAGCAACCACCUAUCCCCCACCCGUAUCUUCUGCUCAGCCCUACUCCUGCCCACCAUAUCCACCAUCAUAGGCAAAAUCUUCUUCCGCUCCAUACAGAACAACCUCCACAGAACCAUACUCGGCGGCCUCACUUAUAUAACCAUUAAAGGAGCCUUGAAAAUCUACCACAAGCAAAUGUUAUACAUCAGACAUUCUAGUAGAAAAAUUCUCGACUACACAGAGUCUAACUUAAAGUUGUACAGGAGUACCGUAGUUUCGGGCACGGACGCGGUCUCGAGUACGCGAGACGAUUCUGAGCAAGUCGUUUAGGCGUUCAUAACUUAAAGCAACGGAUGUGUUACUUGUAACGAGUAAGUUUUUUUUUACAGCGAUGUGCUGUUAAGCAUUUGUAACGUUAUCCUGCCGGGAAAUAGCUCUAUUUUACUAUGUGAAAAAUGUUAACACAAUUCAGCUUAAGGUUUGGUACGGAUCGGGCGAACGAACGAAUGAGACUCGUUAGUGAUUUUGCUCGGUUUGUUAUAGCCAAACUUGACAGUUUUGACCUCGUCUUGACAGUCUUUUCUCAGACACUGACCGUAAUUGAUACUUUCAUGACAACUAUAAUAAAUUAAAAGUGAACAGUUGAAGUUGCCAAAUUUCGUGUAAAUCGAAAGUUGAGUUCACGCCUUAUUUCUAGUAGCUUAAAUUAUAAUAUGACGAAGUUAUAAUGACAGAUUGAUUGACUGUAAAAUACGUCUAUGGUCUUAUUCGUUCGUUUUCUUCCGCUAUCUCUAUACCUAUUUCGAACAGUCAUGAGUCAGGAACCGUUUACCUACACUAAUCCGAAUAAAAUAAUUUAUUUUUGUUUCUAAUCUGUCAACAAAAACGUUGGUUAUAUCAUGUCGAAAAGAUUUUAAGAACUAUCACUACAACAUAAAAUAUAGACCCAAAUAUAAAUUUAACACUUUCAAGGACAGAACGUCUAAUAACGUUCCGAUCCCAAUGUUACCUUUAUGAACCAUCAAUGAACCAUGAUGUCUCUCCGUGAAAGGGUUAAAAAUAAAUAUAUAUUUUGAAUCAAAUUGGUAAAUGAAUAUUGGACGCAUAAUAAUUUAUAAGAUAUUGGAAUGCGUUCACUGGAAUAGGAACAUUCCAGUGCUGGUUCACAUUAUUCCAGUGUGUUCACUGAUAUCCAGCGUUGGACUGGAAUGGCUACAGGAAUAAUGUGAAUCGCGCAAUAGUAUGGGUGAAAUCACCAUGACAUUACAAUAGAACAAAAUUCUUUUUCGGAAAAAAUAACCAUGCAUGCAUGAAAUAUAUAAUAUGUAUUAGAGAUUUUAGUCUACUAUGAAGUAGAAGGUUAACAUCUUGCGUUUUAACCGACUUCAAAAAAAGGAGGUUAUUAUUAAGAAGACAGAAUAUGAUCUGUAUGUAAUAUAUCUUAUAUGAAAUGACGUUGAGGGGACGGGUGCAGGAUACACGUAGAUCCCCUUCUCAAUAAUAGAACAACUCCACUUGGACGAAUAGUUUAUUAGAGUUAAUAAGACACAGUCACAGUAUCACGGAUCACAAUACUUUAUCAAAUCGGUCAGUACAAAACAACAGCGUGCGUGUGCGUUACAAGUCUAGCGAGAGUAGUCCCUUGACAGCUCACUGACAGCAGUGACCUGACAGCUAUCUGUCAGUUAAGGGGUGCGUUCAUAAACUGAACGCCGCCACACCACCCCCCCACGGAGAAAGGAAGUUAAAGGUCAAAAUUUUAGCAAUAUUCUUAAUCUAAAUUGAUUAUUUAGUUUAGUAUGCAACGCACGUAACCAGAGAAAAAAAUUGUUAAUUAGUAAAGUAAAUUGUUCAACUUCUUAAACCUAUGACUUAAAUUAAGUAAAGUUAUUGUAUUAACACCUAUGUACAAAAUACCACUUGUUUGGCUGGAAGUAACAAGCAAUGUUAAGUAAUGUUUAUAGAUCUCACUAAAACACUGUGUUAUGUUUUCCAAAAACAGUCUUCGAAACUUCGAAAGUUGGUUGCACGAAGUUUUUUAUGCAGCAAUGUACUUCGAAACAGAUUCGCGAGGUUACGCAAUGUACGUCGAAGUGAUUUUGAAGGUGCAGCAAUGUACGUCGAAGUGGUUUUGAUUGUGCAGCAAUGUACGUCGAACCGGUGGCAGUGAUGUGUAAGUGAACGGGAAGCAGAAUUAGCUGUUGGGUUGGGAUCCUCCAAUCAAAUCGAUGUAGCGAUCUGUGAAAUGGACUCUUCCAAUUUUCCGUAAUAGACUUGCCCAGGCGUAUAUUGAUUGUAGAAAUCGAGCGAAAAUCUUAAAAAAUUUCGAGAUAUCGCUUACUAUGCUCAAUAUUCGGAUGCUUCUCUCCUCACAGAUACUCAUAAGCUGUGGAAUCUUCACACUUUCGUCCUGGAUACUCUGUUGGUGGUGCAUAACUCGUGUUUUAUUCUCAAAAUCUUUCAGGCAAGCACUCGAGGCCUGAUCAGGAGGAUUAUAUACAGCAUCAUCAAACUCGGGGUCAAAUCCUUCUAUCUCAUAGUUGUGGUCGGUAUUGACAAAGGAGUCACAGGCCUCCGAGGACAAUUUGAAUAUGUGGGAUUGGUCUGUCACUUUAUGUUGCGCAUGUAACUCUUCUAGAGCAUUCUUGGCUUUUUUGUCACACAUUCUCAGGUUCUUUAGUACCUCGUGCUCGGUUAAAGUUGUUGUAAUAUUAAGCUGACGAGAAUUUGGAGAUGAUGGUCUAGAAGGUGUAAAGAUGUCCUGUAAUCCUUUAAUAAUGUGAGGAAGCAUGGGCAUACGGGGUCAUUGCUUUUGGUCUUCGUAUAAAUUGGUAUUGUUUUGGUUGGUUUUUUGUAUUUAUUUAUUUAUUUAGAUAUUUGGUUUUUUGUAAUUUUUUUGUAAUUUUGGCUUUAUGGCUUUGUUUUGGAGUCUUAGAGGUCACCAUUGAGGGGACGGGUGCAGGAUACACGUAGAUCCCCUUCUCAAUAAUAGAACAACUCCACUUGGACGAAUAGUUUAUUAGAGUUAAUAAGACACAGUCACAGUAUCACGGAUCACAAUACUUUAUCAAAUCGGUCAGUACAAAACAACAGCGUGCGUGUGCGUUACAAGUCUAGCGAGAGUAGUCCCUUGACAGCUCACUGACAGCAGUGACCUGACAGCUAUCUGUCAGUUAAGGGGUGCGUUCAUAAACUGAACGCCGCCACAACGUCAUUAGAUAUAAUAAAAAUUACAGAUAAUGAAAUGUAUGUAGUGGCGCCAUAGUUACGAAUAAUGCGCUGGCGCUUUGACUUUUUUAAUUUUGGUCUUGUCUCAAGAAGUCUGUGGGGUUUUGGCUGUACGCGUUAUUUUUGCAUAAAUUUUGCUCGUGUUUUCAAUGUUAGAAAUAUACAAUUCAACACAAUAUGGUGAGAAUCCAUCCACUACGAAUUCCCACCAGAAACUCGAAAGUUUGAUGGUUCCGUUUAUGUUUUAAAUAGUAACGUAACAUUGACGCCACCAACACAAGCGUUAUCUGUGUGUUUAAAUUCCCGUUUUGGAGUUUAUGUAAUAGGGUGAAUCUCAGAGCACUGGAGUUCGACAUUCAACGCAAACAUAUUCUAGAAUCUUUUGUCUUUUGAAAUAUCCAGUUAGAACAUACGUAUUUUUUUUUAAUUUAACAUAACACAUAAAAUAACAUAGCAUCAAAAGCGACUUAUUUUCGAAUUGCAUUUAUGAGAAUUAAGUAACAAUGAGUACGACGUUUGACCGCUUCUAUUGAUGACGUCACAGGACAGUAUUUUCAUACCAACUCCAAAGAAACCUUUGCUUUUGACGUUUCGUAAAAAGUAUCUCAUUUGAGUAGGUUGUCAAGGAGCCUAUUGACUUUCGGUGCUCUGAAAUCAUCCCAAUAACAUUUACAACUAACGCACUCUAGGUAGACUCUGGUUCGACUGUUUAAAAGGCACUUUCUUCCUAGAUUGUGUCAAAUCAUUGGUACGCAAGAUUGGACAGUUUUUUCAGGGCAUAUAGGUGAUAAACGUAUGAUAUUCGUGAGUGAUUACUAGAUGUCACUAGACAAUGUAAAUAAUUUAGGCCUAAAUUCUAGUGUAGGACGUACUUUGUGAUAAAUUCGAGUUAUGUAACAGGCAAUAUUGAAAUAUAUGAAUUUUAUUGGAGAAGGGCAGAUAUCGUAAUGCAAUAGUUAAUAUAUUUAUAAUAUUUUUAACGAUAAAAAUCAAUUAACAUAAAUAUUAUUACUUAUUACAUACAUCGUUAAGCCUGUAUCCUCGAAGGGAGAGGCAAAGUUGUAUAAUAUAGACAAACACAAACAAAUAUCAUGUAUUUUUGUAGAGGAAAUAAAGAUUUUACUUGCAUAUAAAAAUAAUAGUUUGAAAUAAUAUAACAAUAACUUCUUUAAGUCGAUAGUAUUUGUAGUUCCUGAUAUAACUAGCUGUUAAAUACAGAGUGUUUUCAUCCAAGAAAUCUGCUCUAAUCCACUAUAAUAGAAAAGAUUUCCAGUGCCUUUUUUCGAGAAUGAAAAUCAAUAGUAAGAAUGGCAUUAUAUUAAUUAAUAGAUAUAGCAUUAUUAGAAUUGAAAACUUCCAAAAAUAGUUCUAUUUAAUAAUGUAAACUUAGCAUAUAAAAUACCUAUAAACAGGUGCUCAAAAAGAGUUUUAUAUUAUACAUAAUGCACUUUAUGUACAACUAGAAGUUAUCCUUGUAUAUCGUCCAAAAAACUUGUAAAAUGUAUAAUAAUUUCCGGUAAAUAUUUAACGUCGUACAAUUUGGAUAGUCCCUCCAAAUAUAAAUCAACAUACACAGAAUGCUGUAUCGCUAGCUAACAUUGUAUAAAUGUAUAUAAUUUAUAAUUUUAUUGGGUUAUUUAAAGAAUGAAACUUGAUCAUUUGAGUGACUAAAUGUUUGAGUCUUGUAGGGUGGUGUGACGUAGGAUUUUAGACACUACCGUUUUUUCGUUUGGAUAAAAAUGUAGAUGUCUACAAUUUGUAUAAAGACAGGUACGAAAUUUAACUUUCUAUGACAAAUCAACCAUGUUUGAUUUUGAUACAUGCAAGCUUUUACUGUCAGUAGACUUAGUAAAAUUUAAUUUUCGGGACAUUGGAAAGAUUAUCAAUUAUUUUCGUCAGUUUUCCAAACAUUCACGCAUAUCCGCGCACUCGUAAUCAGAACUGAAGGCAUCUUGCUGCCUUUUUACUAAGAAACGACAAAUACGUUGGAUAUGAUGAAUCGUAUGGAAAGAGAUGAUCUGCCCAUCGCCCAUAAUAAAGUUUCCCUGGACAUAAUCCAUUAGUCAACUUCCCAAAGAAUUUGUAAAUAAAAUGGAAGCGAAAGUUGCAUUCAAGUGGUCAAAGUGAUUUAGUUUUGCUAGUCUUUUUAUCUAGCUUGUAUCGCGACAUGGUCAGCUGGCCUGUACGUUUUGUCUACAGUGUACAAUUUGAAAGGAUUAUAAAUAUUUUUAUUGAGUCUCAAA